AUGGAUGCGGUGAGGGAGCUCAAGAUCACGAAAGAGAGACUGGAGGAUGCGGCGCAAGAGCUGGAAGAGGAGACGACGAAACUCAAGGAAGUAAGGGAGACCCUGGCUAAGGGAAGUGAAACGGUGGCAGCGGUGGAAUGGCCGUCGCUGCAAACAGGUGCGUACAUCCCCAAGAACACAUACACUGGGGUCGGGACAGCCCCAGCGGCGUCGGUCCCACUACCCCCGGCCCUCUCGGCGGCACGCGACGGGGCGUCCGUUAUGGACCGGCAGAUCAUGGUCCGGGGACUCUCUCUGUCCAAGUCGGGAGGGGCCAAGACGAGAGAGGUGGAGAUCAUUGCGCGCGCGGGGGCCGCAAUGGAGGGGCUGGCGAAGAAGGGGAUCGUGCCGCCCCCAGAGAUUGCCGUGAAGUUUACGGCGGUGACGAUACAAGAAAGGGGGGAUGUGGUCUUGAUGACCUCCACAACGGAGGCUGCGCGAUGGCUUCGCGAGGUCUCCUCCGAGCCCUUCGCGCACAUCAGGAAAAAGCGCUCCGCGCGAGAGCCCCGGCCCGGACUCGGGAUCGCACGCUUGUUGCCAGUGAUAGCCGGGAGAGCGCUCGAGCGCUCGAGCGUAAUGACUGAUGAUACCGAGGUCGCCCGAGCAGCGGCGAGCACCACGCUGGCUCCUACCGAGCUCUCGCGUGCCUGA